AUGGACCUCCGUUCCAUUAUCAACACCGAAGCUGGUGAUAAUUCCAUCCGAAACCGUUCAAUACCGGAAACUCCGGAUCAGAAGCUACAGGCUCGAAGAGAUUCGGAUCAAAACGAUCCGGCUCAUGCAUCACCUGAUAAAUAUUUGUCGCAUGACUACAGGGUACAAAAGAUCACUGCACCACCCACAACUAGAAACUAUACACAACAACACCAUAGUCAACGACCAUCACCACCUCUGAUACAAGCUUCUCCUCUUAGGGAAUUGAAGUCUCCUUCCAGGUCCUUCUCAGGACAAACCCCAUAUCUUGACACAUCUUCCUCAGCCAUAAACCAGUAUUUAUUUCCGCAAACCAACCAAGAACCACAAACCCCAGAACGACCUCCAUUGCAAAUAAAAGCAUCGUUACACUCAGAAAGCUAUCAGCAUCAAAAUCUGAACUCCAACGAGUAUCAAACCUCGGCUGGCCAGACUUCAUCUUCAUCUCAAAAUUCUCUAACUAAUGCUUCACAACCUCAUCUUCAACACCAACAACCCCAUCCAUACACAACUAUCCCAUCCUCCAUAUCGACCCACAACCAAGCAAAUUUGGUUAAUUUACAAUUAAAAGAAUCUCCGAAGGUAGGUGUGAGGCAGUCAGAUUUUUCGCAUCAAAUACUGGCCACGACACCGCUUAGAAUAUCUCAAUCAUCAUCAACUGGAAAUACCACGCAAUCUAAAGUUUAUAUCCCUAACUCGGCGCCAACUUCUUUUCAGAUAUUGCCCAACUCACCCAGUGGCUGUAACUCUCAGAAAAUAUCCUUAAACAAGAAAAAUCAAAGUUCUCAAGAGGAAAGAGAACGCAGUGUAAGUAUAAGCCCUAAGACAAGACUUUCGCAUCAUCAGGACGAAUCACUUGCUCAACUCCAAAGCAUUGAGGGUACUGAUCAAAAAUCAAACAAGGUCGAAUCAGCAGUAAUGGAGACAGUCGAAUCUCAAUAUAUAAAUGUAGGAAUGAGUUCCAAACCAUAUAGUAAAUCAGUUAAAUCAGUGAGAAGAUCGGUACAACCCAUGAGAAAACGCAUCCGUUACAGUUCACCACCAGUUUGGGCUCGAAGCAUUAGGGGUAGUGACUCAUACAGGGCCACUCACAAAAAAUCCAGCAAGCACCAUGAAACGCAACCAAAACAAGCAGUAAUCUCUGUACCUAACGCCUCGCCUUGCACACAGAUUACCACCGACGGCGUGUCCAAUGGGUCUAUGACUACUGCCAUUCAGCCUAUAACUCCAGUAGCAGAUGCACAUCCAUCCUUGUUUCUAGGAAAUUGGGAGGAGUGCAUAACUGGCCAAAGGCCAUCAGAUCACAUGUCAAAAGUUGUGGGCGACUUUUUAUUCUACAAUGUUGUCACACGAAGUGACAUCGGUGAAUUGUCGAGCCUAGGUGUUCAAAUUGAAAUCGAAGCAAAAUUUGGUGACUUAAUUGAUAAAGAAACGAAUCAGCCUUAUUACCUACCUGCCAAAUCGGAGUGCGUCCUCUCUGAGAAUUCACGUGUUGGCUUUAAAAGUAACUUAACUGAACAUCAUCAUCAAAAGCUAAACACUUUCCUAAAUCGUAUGGUUACCAAUGCACGACCCGGAAGUUCUGCUACCAAGCCACGAGUUAAAAUAGAUUAUCUUCAUCGUCGGGAGGUCGAUCAAUUUUACGAACUUCCCAAAGCACAGCAUAGCAUACUACCAGCUGCAAUAAGAGAGAGACAAGCUAAUUACCACUCUGUUAAAGUUCGGGUGUCCAGAGACCAAAAGACUGGAAAAGUUUUAGCUAAAAUUAUUAAAAGUCGGGUGGCAGAUCUUCAUAUUUACAGCGCUCAAACUUCUACGCCCGACUGUCGAAUUAGCAUAAACCUCGAAAUGCCAUAUCAUGGAGAUAUUGACGAAUUAAAAGCCGCCGGGAAUCAUAGAAAUCAGAGUCCUAAUAGAAGUAAGGAUCGAUUGAGCUAUAGCCAAUCGUAUUAUCAGAUCGACCUCACACAAGUCACGCAAGUCGUACCUUCAAACCAAACUCCACGAGCAGAAAAAGAUCAUGAACUGGAGGUAGAAAUAUCAACAGAGGCAGUAAUGGAGCAAGGUCAACUUGCGGCCGCUGGAAAGCCAAAUGAUUACCUUCCGCUAGUAGAAGGAUUUUUGAAUAACAUUCGUGUACUAUCAAGGCUUGUCGCUGAAUACAAAUGA